CAUUCAUGUUCUCCAGCAAUCAGUAGGAAAUCAGGCAACAAUAGAAAUAUCCGCUUAAAAAAAAAAAAGUAAAAAUCCAUCGCUAGUUCCUGAGAUUGGAGGUUCCUUUUCUCGUCAAUCGGAAAAAAUUACAGCUGCACAAUGGUUUGCGAAAAGUGUGAGAAGAAGCUUGCGAAGGUGAUAGUGCCGGACAAGUGGAAGGAUGGGGCCCACAACACCACCGAAGGCGGUGGCCGUAAGAUCAACGAGAACAAACUCCUCUCCAAGAAAAAUAGAUGGAAACCUUACGGACAAACCAAAUGUAUAAUCUGUAAGCAGCAAGUACAUCAAGAUGGCAAAUACUGCCAUACAUGUGCUUACAGUAAAGGAGUUUGUGCAAUGUGCGGGAAGCAAGUACUCGACACCGAGUUCUACAAACAGAGCAAUGUAUGACAGAUUUGAUUCCUUCAGACAAACCUCGGAAAAGCUCUCCUAGUUGAUGUCAUCCUUAAUUUGUAUCUUAAACUGCAUGUAACAAGAAUGCUCUUAUGCUCAGUAGACGAAAUUUUAUACAGUUAUUUGCUCACCAAGAUUUAUCCGGCAGUUAUCGUGCUGUGAAAUGUAUUACACUUACGUUGUACAGACGAACACAGCUGUUUGGUCUGUGCUGGGACCAGGCCACUUGAAAGAAACUCGAUAUUAUGUCGAUUUUGAUUUGCUGACCUUUCUAA